UCUGAUGGACGGACCUCGACUGACUCCAGCCCUUUCCCGCCCCAUCGCUUCGUCUCAAAGCAUGGAUUAACCACCUUUUAACAACUUAAGACGCCCUUUUAUUUGUUUUUUAUUCCCGAAAUGAUGGUGACCUGUGAUUCAAUGGAGUUCUUCUUCAUGUUGUGGAUCCGCCACCUCACCGAUGCGAAGCACCGUCUGCUCUCCUGAGAGCCUCGCACCUGCUCCUCAACUUUGACUUUCAGCGAUGGAAAACGCGCUGAGACCCAGACUCUGCUUCCUCACCAAAGGGGCCACGGGAUAUGGCUUCCACCUGCACGGCGAACGCAACAAAGGUGGACAGUUCAUCCGAAAAGUGGAGCUCGCUUCAUCGGCGGACAUGGCCGGGCUGAGACCCGGAGACCGAGUGGUGGAGGUGAACGGGGAAAACGUGGAAAAUGAAAGCCACCAACAAGUUGUUUCUCUGAUCUGUGAGGUUCCGCACCGCACCAGACUCCUGGUGGUGGACAGAGAGACGGACGAGUACCUGCAGAGCUGCGGCCUGCCCUGCACCGAAGACUUAGCCAUAGAGAUGGGAACCCUCUCGCCCCGUCCAUCACCGGCACACACCCCCUCGGCCUCUCCUCUGCCCAGAGGGAGCUCACCUCUCACACCAAAACCCAGCCACUUCUUCACUGCUGUAGAUGUGCGGCGGAGCACACAAGUCAGAAGCAAGAGGUCGUCUCUGACGUCAAGUACAGCCACUGACCCCGAGCUGCAGGUGGAGCCGUCACCGGAACCGUCAGAGGAGCCGCUGCCUCGCCUCUGUCACCUGGUCAAAGGAGAAAACGGCUACGGGUUCAAUCUGCACAACAACAAAAGCAGGGGCGGACAGUUCGUGCGGUCUGUGGAUCCUGGCUCCCCCGCUGAGCUCUCAGACCUCAGGCUUGGCGACCGACUGGUGGAGGUGAACGGAGUGAACAUCGAGGGCUUGAGGCACUCGGAGGUGGUGGCUCUGAUUCGUGCUGAACUGGAGGGAGUGCGCCUCCUGGUGGUGGACAAAGAGACAGACGAGCUGUUCCUGAGACUGGGCAUUACCCCCACUUCCUCUCAUGUCAAAGAAGCCUAUGUGGAGGACUCGGCCCAGGAGGAGGCCUACCCCACCCCCUCACCCACCACCUCCCUGCCCACCACACACACACCCAUCAUACAUGUUACGCUGACAGACACUCAGAGCAACACGUCCCCCAAAUCUCGGACAAACGGCAGCUCGGCGUCCCAGUCGUCCAGAAGCUCCACCACCCACUCAGAGCUCAGCAGCUCCGACAUGAGCAUCCAGGUCCUGGACGAGGACGACAGGCGCGUGUCGGACCCCUUCAUGGAAAGUGGCCUGCGGCUGAGUCCGACGGCUGCCGAGGCGAAACAGAAGGUCCUCGCCAACCGCAACAAGAAGAGAGCGCCUCCUAUGGACUGGAGCCAGAAAUAUAAGAUCUUCAGCAACUUCUGAGGCCAAACAGUGAAAAUGAACAAUGACUAGUUCCAGUGAAUUCACAACAUUUAGUGUGAGAGCAUUGAUGUAUUUCAACUAUUUAAUGUCGUACCUCGAUGAUGGCGCAGCACUGUACACAAGCAGCAGUUUCACUUUAGUUUGAAUGUCCUCAGCAUAUAAUCGGAGAUUUCACAUUGUAUUUUUGUAGACACAUUAGAGCGUUUUCUCAAAUGUGAUUAUUUAAAAAUAAAUAUACAAGGACUGACCACGAUUGUUUGUCUGUCUGACAAGUAUUUUACCUCAACAACAGCUCAAA